UGUGUGCGUGUGUGUGUGUGUGUGUGCGGUUGCAGCGACUGAAAAGAGCAGCACACACCCUCCUCCUGCCUUCACACUGCCAGACCCACAGGAGUACAGGUGAGCAGCGAGGAGCUCCUGACUUCUGGAUCUCUUAUCUGUAGCUGCAGAUACUCAAGUCACCUGCAGCUCGUUUUGGUAUUUCUUUACGGGGACAGAAAAUGKACAAGGAGACAAAUAAGAUAAAGCACAGCGACCUACUCUCUGGUGAACCCUCAGUUUAUUAAAAGCCUGAGCAAAAGAACCAAAACAAACACUUGAAAAGUUUUCUCCUGGAGCCAGAAGUCAUCUGAAGGCRGACAAUUCAUCACUUGCUGUGUUGAUACGUUUCAGAUUUCGUCAAAAUUGAAAUCAAAAGUAAAACAAACUUUCCUAUUACGUUUUCAUAAAAAUCAGAACAAAUACAGACGAGCGAAAUGAGCUUUCCCCUUUUCAAAAACUGUUUUUUUUCCUGUAUAAUAAACAAACUGGAGGGAAGCAGUUUUUAUUAAAAGUUUUUUGAYGGCUAAAUACAAAACGGUCUCUGGAGAGACCUUUCCAGAGUGAAAUGUUUUCUUUUACGUGCACCUUAACAGGAGGAAGCUGCCAUAUACACAGCUUCCCUUCACGUCGCCGUAUAGACUCUUGAUCUUUAAGAUAGAGACCAGAUCCCUUUCUUGGAAAGAAAAGUAAUCUGCAUGCCACAGGCCGAGAAAGCAAACAAAAACAUGUUCUGGUGACCAAAAAUAGAAUCGGCAAACGAGCAAAAUCUGGGAAGGAAAAAGCGAAAGAGCAGUAAAACGAUGCAAACAGGGAGAGCUGGAGAGUUUCCCCUCACUCUGUGCCAGAUUUUUAACAGAACGCAACAAACUAGAGUCAUUUCUGUGGCUGCUUUCCAUGGGAACAAAUCCAAAGGACAUUGAAGAUGACCCUCCUGGGAGGUCCAGAUAAACUACGUAGAAUGUUUAAGGAAGAAGAAUGUUAACGCGGAGUCCUCUUGUCAAACGCGGUACAACUUUGGCAAGGAUCACUGCUGACUGAGGAGCUGUGACUGCGAACAGAACCCGGGAACUCUGUUUUUUUUUUUUUGGUGUGUUUUUCAACAAGCGCACUGCCAACCAUUAAGGAUUAAAAGAGACUAAAGCAUCGCAUUCUGGGUAGCGAUGGAGAGGGGACACGUGUCCCUCAGGAGAGGGGUGAGCUGGAGCCCAGGAGGACUGAGAAAACCUCUGCAGUUAAGGGAAGACGGCUCUGAGUCGGACGAAAACACAUCAUGGGAGAGGCGGGGAUUCAACGAGGAGCACAUCAGCCGGAAAACAAGUUUGACCAGGAGUGCCAGUUUAACGGAGAAGGAGCUGAGGGAGGCACGCCUGAAGAGUCAAAUCAUCGCUGCUCARCUCACCACCACUCUCCCGUCCAACUCCAGCUCCACCUCCAGGGGUGUCCAACUCUUCAACCGCCGUAAGCAGAGAGUGAAUGCCUUCACGCACGAAAGCUGUGGACGGGAGUCAGAGGUGGACAAAACUGAGAAUGUGAAAAACAACACCUCGUCUGAGAAACCAACAUGGGCAGAGAGGAGCAGUGAAGAAAGAGACAAAGACCUCAACUUGAAGAAUACAAAGCCACUCGUCCUGUCGCCGAUAAACUCUGUAGGUGAGAUCAUGGAUGAGCCGCGGAAGGAUUUUAAUAAGCCACAUGUGGACGAUAAYGUUAUCCAGGAGAGACAUUUCCUUCCUGUCAAGGAAGAAGAAGAGGAGGAAGAGGUAAAAGAUGAGAUUCAGGAGGUKGUAACGGACAAUGUCAAGAAUGAGUCUCCUUUAAAAAAAGACAACACUGACACAGUUCAGAUGGCACAUGUUGAAAAGGGGACAGAGACAAAUGAGGGCCACACAGGACCAAUUUCCAGUCAAAAGCUUCCUAAUGGUUGUCACAGCUCCUCUGGAUCAGAGAGGUCCUCCAUACCCCAAUCCAAGCCAUCAAUUGUCAACAGAACCGCCAGGCCUUUCUUCUCACCCCCAACGGUUCUCUCUUCAGAGGCAGUCAGCCCUGUCAUGAACAUCCCACCUCCUCCAUCUUACUCCACUCCUCCUCUCCCUUCUUCCACCGUCCCUCAGCCUGUCACACUCUCACCUCUUCCUCCACCUCCAUCUUAUCCAACACCUCCUCUGCCAGCCUUCACAAAUCAACCCCCACAGACCUUCUACACAAGUCCGCCUCCGAUGUCUCCUAUCGUGUCCCCUUCCUCUCCUCUACCAUCCCAUUUCCCUGUUUCUCAGCACCCACCCGUCCACCCGUGUGGCCCUCCCACUACCCCGAARCCCUUCACCUUUGUUCCUCAUCCCACCGAGGAGAGGAAGCUGAUAACACCCGUCAAAACAGGAUUACUCGAAGAGAGCGCUGCCAGAAGAGCAACGAAGAAGUCAAUGUUUACAUUUAAAGAGAAACCAGUGAUGGCUCCCAACCCUGAGCUGCUCUCUCUGGUGCAAGGGGCRGAUGAAAGACGGAAACAUGGACACGUAUCUGUCCCUGAGCCAGUAUCUGAGGAGGAGGUAAUGGCUCUGGGAGCAGAGGCCUCCAACUUCCUUGCCAAAGAAGAAAGCAGGACAGAGGGAGCCAAAGCGCCAGAGUGGGCCUCUUGUCUGAAGAGCUCAAAGACCCGACCAAGGGCGGAGCACCAUCCAGAGCAAACCCUCACCAAUGUGUCAGGAAAAGGGGCUGAGUUGUUUGCCAAACGACAGUCCAGGAUGGAGAAAUACGUUGUUGAGAACCAGACCGUGGGACAAAUUAGGUCUCCCUCUCCUGCAAUGUCUCUGCCACCGUCUUGGGUUUAUCCAUCGAACAUGCCCGGACGAGUUAAAGCCAUUGCCAAGAACUCUGACAUGAGUGCUCAGCUUUCUCAGAACCUGAAGGCCCAACAAGCAGUCAAGCAAAAGCCAAGGCCAAAAGUUGCAUCACCAGAACCAGUUCCUGAGCCGCCUACUUUGGAAAACGGCUGCUCUAAGAUUGAGAUGGACCUCUCGAGGCAUCGGCCUUACCAGAUUAACUCCUCCCUCUUUGUCUUUAACCCUGUCAAGGACCCAAUCAGUACCCUCCCCAGAGGAGCGCCACAGGCCAAGAGCACAAUAACCACCAGCACUUUUCCCAGACAGGCRUCUCUAACUAACACGCUUUCUCACUACCAAAGCAUUUCUCCUCAGAUGCCUCUUACUCCCACAAGAACACCAGAGUAUCCAUCAAAUCCAGCUUCUGGGCAUCCAGGGAUCAGGUCUCCUAUGCCUGCCUUUUCACCAGAGCGAGUCUCCUCUCCUCGAUCGGGAGUUCAGGCACCAAGGCCCACGUUUUCUGCCAAGAAGGCAGGAAUUACACCACAGGCAUCACAGGAGUCCUCCAUUGGGGAUAUCACAGGUGGAAUACCAACACCAACUAGUACACCAAGCCUCA